CAGCCCCCUGCCUCCGUCCCGCCAGCGCGCCGGCGGGGUCCACGUUCUACCUCCGGGCUGGGUGGGUGUGUACAGGACAAACGCAGGUCGCCGGCAAGGGCGACUCGGAAGGAGACAAGCCAGCGCUCAGAACCGUACGAGGGGGAAAUGGUCAUUUCCACGCACCUAUGCGUCGAGAAGCUGGUCCACGUGCAGUUUUGAUUGAAACGGAUUUACAAAAUUCAAGCUUACGGAAAAAUACUACCGCAUAACCAGCUGAUUUAAAAAAAAAAACUUGUGAUUUUUGGUAAUUUCAUUCUGGAAGGUUCUUUGUAAUUUCUGCAGAUGUUUCUGCAGUCUAACAGAACCCGAUACUUCUCGGAUUCUUAAGAUGGCCCAGAAGUGCUUUGAAGAAUCCAUCUGUCUUUGUAAACAUGCAGAAUGAUAUAAAACACUUGAAGAAAAACAAAUCUAGCCAGGUCAUUUAUGCUGCAGCCUGAAAACCGGAGAACGUGGGAGUUCAAUGGUGAAACACGCACAGCUCAGCCCCCGCGACCUACCGAUCGCGCUUGUUUUUCCAGACUACCCAGUUGGUUGCAAGGGCAGCCAAGUAGAAUUCACCUUCAGAAUCCCCUGUCUCUUGCUUGCUCCACCAUCGACAGAGUCAUGGGCUGUUUUGUGUGCACAGGAGGCGAAAGGUUUCUUGGUUCUGUUUCAUUUUUAUUGUUGUUUUGAACCAUGGUUUUUAUGCCUAAAGAGGUAUUUCAGAGUUUGAGGGAUACUUUUCUUUCUUUCUUAGUUGCUUCUCUUUAAGGCAUGUUGUAUUUCCUGUUGCUGAACCACACUGUGAAGUGGCCAUCCCCUCUUACAACAGGACAGAUCCUAACAGGGCCAGCUGUAUUUUUGUGCCCUCCUCCCCCGACCAGGGGCCAGUUUGCUAAGACCUCUGCCCGGUAUUACUCCACAUCCACACUCCUGUGUGGCUUCAGACCCUCAGGAAGUACGCCCAGUCUGGUAGCCAGCCAAUCAGGAUCCUACCCGGCCACAAGUAGGAACUGUUCUUGCUGUUUUCAGUCAAACAGACCCCUGACACAGCAACUACAGUUGCUGACCAGAUGUCAUGAGCCAGUCAUAAAAUGACUCCUGUACCAGUAAGGAUCUAUACCCAGUCCCUUCAAAGUACACUUGACCACAGCUGAAAUUCCCCUAAUCCUGCUUAAAAAGAGCCUGUGGGGUCGCCAUUUGCUACUUUGUCAGAUGAUCUGACCCCAGCAUGCUGGAAUUUUUUUUAUUAAACGCUCUUAUUGAUUGCAUAUGUGACUGGUGGUCUUUUAUGGGCCUUCCCACAGACCCUAACAACUGCAGUGAUGGUAUUUGCGUUGUUUUUUUAUUCCUGUGAAGUCUAAGUGGUAGGUAUUCUGGGACACAGUCUCAGACUUAACCUUGUGAAAGCAGUGUGCCUAGGCAUGGUAACAGGCCUAUCUAUAAUCCUGGCACUCAAGAGGCCAAGACAGGAAGACAGUGAGUUGAAGGUCAGCCUGGACUAUAAAGCAAUACCUUGCCUCUACAACAAAGCAAAGCAUCAGCCACAUGACACUCUGAAAAAUAAUUACCCAACCAGAUUUGAAGAUCCUGUGAUAAUUCCUCUUCAAGAAUUUGCCUGGGAUCAGUAUCUACAGGAGAAAAAGAGGGAACUGAAGGGUGACACCUGGGUGUAUUCCUCCUAUGUGAUGUGCUUCAUCAAUGAUCAGUUCCUGGGCAACGCGUUUGACCUAAAGAAGUGGGCCCAGAAGGUGUGGGAUGUGGUUGACGUCCGACCCUCCGCACUGUAUGAGGCACUUACUCUGAAUUAUGCCACCAAGUUCUUGAAAGACACCAAGCAUGAUUUUGUGUACUUGGACAUUUGUAUUGAUCUUUCUCCAAUUGGAAGACUGAUUUUUGAGCUAUACUGUGAUACAUGUCCCAAAACCUGUAAAAAUUUUCAGGUCUUGUGCACAGGAAUGGCGGGCUUUUCUGAGAGAGGUAUAAAGCUUCAUUACAAAGAUUCGAUUUUUCAUCGAGUAGUCCAGAACGGCUGGAUACAAGGAGGAGAUAUAGUAGAGGGGAAAGGAGAUGAUGGAGAGUCUAUUUAUGGACCAACAUUUGAAGAUGAAAACUUUUCGGUUCCUCAUGAUAAAAGAGGAGUUCUUGGAAUGGUCAAUAAAGGUCGUCAUACCAAUGGGUCACAGUUCUACAUCACACUACAAGCAACUCCCUAUCUGGAUAAAAAAUAUGUGGCUUUUGGGCAACUAAUCGAAGGAACCGAAGUUCUUAAAGAACUGGAAUUAGUUCCAACAGAGAAUGAAAGACCAAUGCUUCUUUGCAGUAUUGCAGACAGUGGAAUUCUUUAUACCUGAUUUUCCCACCAGUCAGAUCUUUCUGUGAUGGUUUAUUACUGUGCAUUUGACCAGCUAUUUCUAUAUUUAAUUAAAUGGUGCUUGAUAACAUUGGAUUCGAAGGCCGUGGCAGAUACAAUCGUUGGUUCGUAUACCAGUCAUUGUCUUUCCUCUCCUGCUCCCACCACAGAGACUCUAAGUACAAAAUACUCAGUUUCCCAGGCUCCUUUACAGCUGAAAAGGCCAUUUGGGAGCACUGUGGCCAGUGGGUCUCGGGAGGACCAGUGAUCUUGUUCCCGCUCCUCCAUCGUGUCUUGAGUAUGGAUAGGCUGGGAGCCAAGAGAACUGCUGAGCCAAACCUCACCACCUCCUCUUUCUGGAAUUUUUACUACAUAAGGCAAGUAGAACUCUGGAUUCUCUUCCUGGUUCUAUUCCUAUUAAGUUGUUGCUUGUGGCCCUGAAUGUUAUUAACCUAGCAAUGUACCUAGUGAGUUUUUAGUCUAAAGCAUUUGUAAAUGAAUUAUGCUGUUUGUAACUAUAUUCCUAUCAUGAUAUGCUUGAUAAAUAACUGACACAAUAGAAAAACAAUUCAGUGUGAAAUUACAGUGCUUACGCAUAGCCUGCAGGAAGGACACAUGUAUUUGGAUGUUGUAAACAUCAUCAUGUCUCUGAGCCAUUCCAAUCAUAAGAAAAUCGAGAGUUGGGGUUGAUCCUUGUGGGUUGGUCCCAGUGAACUGCUGGAGCUCUGUUUUAUCAGCUGCUCCAUCUGAAGGUCCCUAAGGCUUCAUCACUUGUGGGGAAAGCUUUUCAAAUAUAGACCAGCAGGCCGUGUACUUGACAUCCUGAGUCACAGUCCCGAGGAGAGAGAGUCUCAAGAUGGAGACGGGAGACUCAAUUUAGUUCUGUCUUUCUUAGACAGCUGAGCACCAAGAGAUGACAGAAUCAUCUGACUUCAGCGCCCCUGGUGGCGUCACCAUAGCAUUGACUCUUACUGGUGAUGCUCAGCUCCUCUACUGCCUCUGCCCUUGUGCCUCUCUCAAAGGUGGCUUGUCUUCCAAGGAUGAUCUCCCCUUAAACCAAUUCUGAAAGAGUCAGGCUCUAAACUGAUUUGGGGCUUGCGAAAGGUAGGCAUUUAUUUUUAGAUGAUUACAGAUCCACAGGAAGUUGCAGAAACAGUACAGAGAAGUCUUGUGUACCCUUCACCCAGUUUCCACAGUGUUUCCAUCCUAUGUAACUAUAUAGUACAGUAUCAAAAUAAGCAGCUAACGUUGCUGCAAGUGUGUGAUGCCAUUGCAUCAUGGGAAGCUUCGUGUCACAUACAAUGAAGACCCGCCUCCCCAAAGAUCACCCUCAGUCUACCCCUUAUUCUCACCCAUCCUGUCUUAGUGCUGUAUCGCAUAUACACCAAAUACAAAGCUCUAAUGGAGUUGAGGAGAAAGAAAAGUGUCCAUUCCACAUUGUCAACUGACCUGGAGAUAGCACAGUGUUAAGAACAUGUGCUCUAGAGCUGGACUAUGCGGGUUGGAAACCAGGCUCUGCCCUUUCCUACUGCACCAACUUAGGCAAGAACUUCUACGCGCCUUUGUUUCCUAAUGUGAAAAACAGCUGGUGUUUUCCAAGGUCAGUAACUAAUCUUGUAUAAAGAGCCUACAAAGAGGCUUGGCAUGCUGUGAGUGCUCAACAGAUGGAUGCUUUAUUUGAUAUUCAAUAAAUUACUUAUUAUAACCUGCAGGA